AUAACGCAAACACUUUUUCCAGGGUGAAUGCACCGGAUAUGCUGCUUGAUGUUCGUGGAUAGCUUCCCCACAUGAAAGCAGUAGGGACACUUGAACCUGGGCGGUUUGUCGCAGAAGUGCUUGAGAUGAUAAGUCAGACUGUAUUGCUUCUUAAAAGUGCUCCCGCAGUUGAGGUUCGGGCACUGGAACUGGCCUCUAGCUUUGUCCGGCUUGUACAACUCGACCAGAGCGACCUCUUCGUUCGGGUGCUGCUUUGAGGUGUGCUUCAGAACGUCGUGCUUUCUCGGAGAUCGAUAGUAACACUUGGAACACAUGAACCUCGGUGGUUUUCCGCACUCAAAGUUUAUGUGCUUGGUCAAAUUGCUCCGCCACUUGAAUACGCGUGCGCAGUUUGAGUUCGGGCAGGGGAACAUGUCUUGCGCAUGCGCGGCUCCUGUUCCAAGGCCUGAAAAUAGAACCAGACGCACAGGGUACGUAAAACAUCGAGACCUGCUGGUACUUCGGCGGCUUGUCGCACAUGUAACUAGUGUGAGAUUGGCAAAGGCGGCGUUGCAGUUUAGGUUGGAACAGAGGAACUGGCCAGGAGGUUCCGGCUUCAGUUCCGGUAGAACCAAUCUUGGAUCCGGUUGUGGAACA